AUGGUAUCUGAAAGAGUACAAAAAAAAGAGGAACAUGGGGGAUUCGGCCAAGGGAGGGUUGUUGAUAGGAUUCAGUUACCUACAGUGGAGAAUGUGCAUGAUGUGGAGAAUGAAGCUGAUUCGGAGAAUGUGGAGAAUUCAAGUGUUGAUGCUUGGAAGAAUGUGCAUGAUACAAUUGAGAACUUAACAAAGAUCUCAACAUGCAAUUCUUCAAAUGUUCAAUCCAUACAUUCAAUACUUCAAAUAUUGAAUGCAUACAUACAAAAUCCAAGCGCUCACAAUGAUGGUGGAAGUGACAAGCCUGAGCAUGAGCCUGAGCCUGAGCAUGAGCCUGAACCCCCAUCCACUGCGUUAUCAAUCCCCAUGGAAAUAAUACAAGCUAUGCCGUUGAAGAAGAGAACUCCCCGUCUAAGGAGGAAACCUUUGAAGUUGAGAACUCUAGUGGCGAAUGAUGUUGUUAAGAAGGUGGCGAAAGAUGUUCUUAAGCCGGCGGCGAAAGAUUUUAUUAAGACUGUGGCAAAAAAUGUUGUUAAACCGGUGGAUGAGAUCCUAUACUCAAGCAAUUAUAUAAGCCUACCACGUAGUGUUUUGCAGUCGAUAAAGAAUGGCCACUGGCUUGACACAAAUAUCAUCGACGUUUGGGCAAUGGAAAUGAAUACCGUUGCACAAUACGAAGCCUUAACUAACAAUAUCGAAAGAAGAAGGAUAUUCUUCUCAACUGUACAUUGUGGAGUGUAUGAAUUUGGAGACAACUUAUAUAAUGAUUCACUGAACCUGGAAGUGAAGUCAUUCGGCAUAACAAUACAAGCACUCGAUGAAGCAGACCUAAUUUUUGUUUCGUUAUGUAUAAGUUCACAUUUCUAUGUGUCGGUAUACAACAAAAUCAAAGAGGAAAUUGAAAUCAUCGACAAUAGGACAGUCCCUGAUGGUAUUAAAUUUGAGGACAAGUAUGAGAAGCUUCCGACAAUACUGAAAAAGCUAAUGGGUUUUUUGAAGUCUGUGAUGAAGUCUCCCAUCGCUGAUGCACUCUCCACCUACAAGAUGAAGUUGGUCACUAUGUCGUGGCAAGAUAACAGCAACUAUGAUGAUUGUGGAGUGUAUAUGAUGCUUCAUAUGGAGAAUUACAUGGGCGAGGCCCAUAAUUGA